UGUCUGGAACGUACUGUCGAAUCGAUCAGUGGAAAUGCAAUUGAUACUGUUGUGCACUCUGGCACUGUGCUUCAGUGACGCGCUUGGCCAGAGCUAUACCGACAAUGGCAUCUUUGAUAUCAUGGAAAUGCUAGCACGUGGCCAGCGUCAAAUGAAUCUAGAAUCGGUGGAUGAUCGCGUUAGUCUGCUUAGCGAAUAUGAUUUUAUUGUUGUCGGCGCCGGCACCGCUGGCUGUGCUUUAGCCGCACGUCUAUCCGAGAAUCCCAAAUGGAAAGUUUUACUGCUGGAGGCUGGCGGUCCGGAGAGCUACGCCAUGGACGUGCCCAUUAUAGCACACUUUCUGCAGCUGGGCGAGAUGAACUGGAAAUAUCGCACCCAGCCCUCCAACAACUACUGCCUAGCCAUGAAAGACAAUCGAUGCAACUGGCCGCGAGGCAAAGUGAUGGGCGGCAGCUCCGUCCUAAACUACAUGAUGUAUACGCGGGCGAAUCGAAAGGAUUACGAUCAGUGGUCGCGUCUGGGCAAUCCCGGCUGGAGCUACGACGAAGUCUUGCCUUAUUUUCGCAAAUACGAAGGCUCUCUCAUACCGGACGCGGACACAGGAUAUGCACGCCCUGGCCGCCGGGGUCCGGUGAAGAUUAGCUAUUCGUCAUAUCGAACUCCUAGUGCCGAUGCCUUUGUGGAGGCCUCGCAGCAGUCGGGUCUGCCACGCGGCGACUACAAUGGCGAGUCGCAGCUGAGCGUCUCCUAUCUGCAGACCACCAUUGGCAACGGGACACGCUGGAGCUCCAACCGUGCCUAUCUCUAUCCACUUAAGGGCAAGCGGAGCAAUCUCCAUGUGAAGAAAAAUGCUCUGGUGACCAAGGUGCUCAUCGAUCCACAGACAAAGACCGCCUAUGGCAUCAUGGUGCAGACUGAUGGACACAUGAAGAAGGUGCUGGCUCGCAAAGAGGUGAUCGUCUCGGCUGGCUCCAUCAAUACACCACAGCUGCUGAUGCUCUCCGGUGUGGGUCCCGCCAAACAUUUGCGUGAGGUGGGCAUCAAGCCGAUUGUGGAUCUGGCUGUAGGAUACAAUCUGCAGGAUCAUACAGCGCCGGCGGUGACAUUUACAACGAAUGCAACAUCGCUGAAAUUUGAGGACUUUUCCAACCCGACCUGGCUAACUCGAUUCAAUCGCAGGGAGGGUCCUUAUGGUUCGCCCGGCGGAUGUGAGGCGAUCGCAUUUUGGGAUCUGGAUCAUGAACGCGAUGAGGAUGGCUGGCCAGACAUUGAGCUCUUUUUGGUGGGCGGCUCCAUGUCCUCCAAUCCAGCAAUUUCACGUGCCUUUGGCCUAAAGAAAUCCAUUUACGAUUCACUGUUCGCCGAGAUCGAAGACAAGUCGCUUAAUGCAUUUAUGAUCUUCCCAAUGAUAUUGCGACCAAAGAGUCGCGGCCGCAUCAUGCUAAAGAGCAGCGAUCCAUUCAAGUAUCCGCUGAUUCAUGCCAAUUACUUUGCCCAUCCCUACGAUGUGGACAUCUCGGUUCGUGGCCUGUUAAAGGCCAUCAGUCUGAUGGAGCAGCGCGGAAUGAAGGCCAUCGAUGCCCAGCUGUGGGAGCGCAAGAUACCCACAUGCAAACAGCAUCCGUAUAAGAGCUGGGCCUACUGGGCCUGCUAUGUGCGCCACUUCACCUUUACCAUCUAUCACUACUCGGGCACCAGCAAAAUGGGGCCCAAGUCGGAUCGGGCUGCGGUUGUCGAUGCCCGUCUGCGUGUCCAUGGCAUACGCAAUCUGCGUGUGGCCGAUGCCAGCAUUAUGCCCGAAAUCAUGUCCGGACAUCCCAAUGGGCCAGUCUUCAUGAUUGCCGAGAAGGCAGCCGAUAUGAUUAAGCAGGAUUAUGGCUUCAUCAAAUAAGCCCCAGUUUCAAAUAUGGAUUUUCUUUAGUUUAACAUUAGUUUCACGUCAGGUUUAAGCCCCGUUCAAUUAGUCCCAGUUUGUUGGGGAGUGUGUGCCAAGUGUGGUCUGUCCAACUCUGAACGUUGCUUUAGUUAGUUCUUGCCAGCAUUUUAACUCUAUCUGUUUUACAUAAUGAACUGAUUUAUAAUUUUAAUUUUAAGAUAGUGCCUAAG